AUGCUCCUUCCGGGCGCGCACGUGCCGGGCUUCCUGCGGCACGUGUGCAAGCUGCUCUUCCUGCAUCCGCCCGCUGAUCGUCUUCGACGCCGCCACGCCCGCGCUCAAGCGCCGCACCGUCCUUGCGCGCCGCCACCAGAGGAAGAGCGCGCACAUCAGGUGCGCGCGGCCAGGCACCUCCAACCGACGGGCAGACAAGGAACCUCCGCGCGCGCCUCGUCCGUUCCGGCGGAGGUGCUCGCGUCUAUUGAGGCGCCUCACAAGGCGGCGAUGGUGGUGCCAUGCUCACAGCACCGCCCUCCGCCGCGUCCGACGAGACGCGAGCUGCCACCCAUGCUGCCCGCCACGAGAGAUGCACGAGGGCCGCAGGCUGAGGAGGACCUCCCCUCGUUCUCCCUGGCAGGCAGGCAGGUGGUCGGACGGCCCCUCGCCCAAUCGCCUCCCCCUUGCCCCCUCCUCCCGCUUUCCCAUGUCCCCAUCCCCUCCUCCAGCGAGCGCGCUGCUGGCGCUGAAGCGGGCUUUGGGGAAUCAUCCCACUUCUUCCACUUUGGGGUCAAAAGCCCAAUUGCCUUCCCUUUUUCAUUCCCCCUCCCACUCCUCUCCCCAGCCACUAGAAACUCUUUCUCCUCCUCGCACGCCAUCUCCCCAACACACUGCAUUGCAACGGCACCUUCCCUCCCCUUCUGCGAUGCUGCUCUCAGUGCGCCUGUUACCAAACCACAGCGGCAAUGGGGGGUGGUUCUAGCAGCAGGGCAUUUCAGGGAAAUCGUGGCAAUGUGGCCUCUCUCAUCUUGA